AUGGUUGACAUCAUUGCUACCCAAUCGCCAGGGGAGCAGCCCCCGGUAUUGAAGUACGAUAAUCUUCAAACAACAGGGGCCCUGAGGGCUUCAUGGAUAAGGGAUCCCAACCAAAACUGUCCAAUUACCCCAUCACAGCUUACAAUGCAAAACAUGGUAGACGCGGGAUGGGGAAUCCGGCACGAAAAACGCAACUUUCCACCAGACCAAAUCUACGAAGAAGUCGUCGAACUAGGGCUUUCUGGAGAAAAGCUCUACCGCAAGAUUGUAGUAUGGAAGCCCGGAGUAUCGCGCGGACUAUUCUGGGUAAAUGACUACAUGUUACAAACAGGGCCAGGCGUAAUUUUUGCCAUAGAUAGCUUCCGGCCUGACUCAACAUAUUGGGCGCAAAUCGCGCAGGCGGUUUAUCAAGAUGAGCACCCUAUCGAGGAUCUGAAGUAUGUCUUCCAGUGUAAUAUCAUUAACCCCGAGACUAUGCUGUUCGUGCAGAAGCGCCUCUAUGUCGCGGCAAAUGAUCUUGGCUGGCCAGAUGAUAGACUGCAUGCCUGGGAGGAGAAUACGGCUGAGUAUCAGGCUCUGCUGGGUACGAGACUUGCCAAAGGUGUGGCGUAUUUGAUUCUAGGGGCUUUCCCUCGAGGAACACGACGCAUUGCAAGGAUCGUGACUUGGGGAGACCGUUAUAUUCCCUACCUACAGAUGCGAUUUGAUAUUGAGAGAGUUUGA